AAUUAAUCAGAAACUCAUCAAUUUUUUAUGAGAAAAAAGCGAAGAACUCCCGAUAAGGACCAUAUUUAAGCCAAUGGCGCGGAGUUUAGUUUUCAGUCCAGGUUUAGAGCUACAAUGAGAAAAGUAAAAGCGGCAGUCCUGAUCCUGGCCUUCCUGUUCCUAGAGUCCCAAGAAGGAUCGGCUCUCCUGCUCGACAUGGCAUGCGGAAGAUCGUACAGUGGUACGCGGACUGAUAGACUGGUGAAUCCGUGGAUGGUUUCGCUGAUAGUGAACGGCGAGGUCAAAUGCAGAGGCUCUCUCAUCAAAUCUCGAUUUGUUUUGACGGCAGCACAUUGCGUAUUCACUGAUGAAAUGCAUGUGCACUUUGGUACAACCUUUUCGCUCGACCGACGGAAUCCUGGAGAAUAUUGCAGGCUGGAUCCAAAUUGUGUUAGGGUCGACAAGAAGAUCGUUCACUCGCAAUUCAAUAAUCAAACCCAACAGAACGACAUAGCCAUACUUCGGAUGCAGCAUGCGGUGCAGUACUCAGACAUUGUCCGCCCCAUUUGCCUGCUCAUCAAUGGGACAUGGCCAGCCGUCGACCGAUUCCAUAGCACCGGCUGGAGCACAACUGAAGCACGCUACCGCAUCAUCGAGCGCAUUGAUCGCCUGAAUUGCAGCUCGAAGUUCAAUAGGCAGGUGGACGAGUCCCAGAUAUGCGUCCGCAGCAACGCGUGCCUAGGGGAUUCCGGUAGCCCCAUGAGCGCGAGGAUACUGCACAUGGGCAGGUAUCGCACCUUCCAGCUCGGCUUUAUCAUCUACGGCCUGAAUUCCUGUGCAGGCUUAAAUGUCUACACCAAUGUGACUUACUACAUGGACUGGAUCUUGAAUGUUCUGGAUAACUGGUGGGCAUAA